AUGGUUCGUUGGUUAAGGAAGGUUCCUCUUGCGAGAAACCGUAGCGCAUGUUAUGAAAGAUGUGGAACCAGGGAGAGCGGGGGCGGUACAACAACAACGGCUAGUUAUGCCGAACAGAGAGUACACUGUAUUGGGAGAUGUGGCAUAAGUGAACACGUCGGUUGUCUAUGCAGUGAUACAUCGUACUAUCUUUUGGAAAAGUCGCAUUUACGAUUGAGUUUCUUUUGUUACAUUAGUAUUGCAAACAUUAUUCAUGGCGUUGUUAUCGCGACAGUAGAGAGCUUGUUUGUUGGUAUUCGCAGGCCAGUGUUUAAAUGUAGCCGUUUUGGAGAUGCACGAACGGUAUCUUGGUGGCAGGUUGGCUGCCCGGUUGAAGCUGUUUCAAUUGGAUGUUUGUUAGAUAUGGCAGUAUCGAUCAAAAUAUUAAACAUAAUAGGGUCGAACAGUCACUGGGAGCAGCAGGUGGAAUUUGGGCAUAAAAUGUUAAUUUCUGUGCACGUGUGUUUUAGAGUUAAGACAGUCGAAACGAACUGUGUUAUGGAUGUAGAUCCGCCUUCCCACCAAGUCUCGAAGAGGGACGAAUCAUAUUCUUUACCAGAUAAACCGGUUGCUGGUCGGCGAUUGAAACAAGCGAAAUCUCUUCCAAUUGUUGUGAACGGAUAUAUUCUGGACGUUUCCAAUGCUGUUGAUUUGGUUUACAAGUACGAAGUGAAAUUUUUAGGAAUAAAGAAAGAUGGGAAAGAAAAAGACUUGAGUCGUGGGCCAAAGAAUGACGUUGCAAUCGCUUUGCGUCGUUGUGCUUUGUGGAGGAUAUAUCAAACGUUCUUGCAUGAGUACAGGGACUUUUUUGGUACAGACAGGUUCCGGUGCUUUUACGACUGUGGCAUUAACUUCUAUUCCAUCGACAAACUUUGCACGAACGAAGAAGGCGAGAAAAAUUUCAAACUAGAAAUGGAGUUUUUUUCACAAGAAGUCAGAGACUUUCUGCCGAAAAUCACCGGAGUAGUCUGUAAGCUUCUGGCUGUUCAAGAAGUAUUUUUGCAUGAUAUAUCAGCUGUGUCGCUUAGGCUUAGUGACCGUGAAAGGUCUACUACUCAGUUUUUGGAGAUAGCUACUAACCAGAUGUUACUUGACAGGCAAAGUCAUUGGAUUUUUGGGAACAAAAGUUACGUUCCACCAACAGCGCAAAGUAUAGACAGACGUUCAAGACUUGGGGGCGGGAAGUUCCUUGUACCUGGAAUGGAAAAGAAUGUCCGAUUCGUCAGUGACAGGGCUGAGGAGAUAUCUCUUAUGGCCCAGAUAAACGGUACUACAAAAAAGUCACCUUUCUUUGACAAUCAAAACCUCGUUGAUUUGGUCGCAGAGGUCAUUAAUAGAGGAUCACUUAUUGAUAUCAUUAAGGACCCACAUCUCGCAGUCAGGGUUCAGCGUCAGCUGAAAGAUCUUGUGGUCCAGACCACUCAUGAUGCUGAGCACCCGAGGCAUUUCGCUAUUUUUGGAAUCACGAAACAGAGCGCUGAAGAGAUAAGUUUUGAACUUCAAGGCCAGCAAGUAUCCAUCGCCCAGUAUUUUUUGAAAAGAUACUGUUAUCGUUUACGGUAUCCGGAGUUGCCAUGUGUGGUCGAGAGACGGUAUUCAGAGGCCAAAAAGACGAUUCAAAAUAAUUUUUACCCGAUGGAGGUUUUGCAUGUGUGCCCUGGCCAACGUGUUUGUAACAAAAAGCAGACGCCUGAUAUGGUAGAAAAGAUGAUAAAUGCUUGUCGUCUGCUGCCACAGGAGCUCUUGGUUGAAAAUGAGAAACAGAAGAAAAGUGCCUACUUAAACUCCAGCAACAGUUAUUUGGAGAUACUUGGAAUCAAGGUUUCCAAUUCCCCAUUAGACGCGGAAGCUACGGUUCUUUUUCCUCCGGCCAUUGCCUAUAGGGAUGGAAAGAUCGAGCCGAAGCCGUCCGGAGAUUUGGAUUGGAGGUUGUCGGUACCUCGUGGAGGACGACCUCAGGUCUUCUUGCGUCCGGCAAAUUCCCCAAGACGUUGGGUCGUUAUUCUUUUUCAAGACGCACUUACGGAAGCGAAAUUUGACAGGUUCGUAAUAGCAUUUGUGACGCGUGCGAAGGACCACGGCAUCAAUUUAAAUGACCCGUCGCGCAAUAUUAAGAUGGACCGUAAAGACGGGCAAGCAGUGGAUGAGUUAAUGCAAAAAUUAAGGAAGAAUUGUGUGGAGUUUGUUCUGUUUAUUACGACUGAAAAACGCGACCCAGUUCAUGAUAGUAUGAAGCUGGCAGAGGCAAAGUAUAACGUUGUUACGCAGCACAUUUGUUCACAGACUGCUGAGAAAGCAAUUUCAAAUAGAGGCGCAGAGAUGACGCUGGACAACCUGGUUAUGAAAUUUAAUUUGAAGACUGGAGGUGUUAAUCAUGGAUUAAGACCUUCACUGGAGUUUAUAAGACAGAAUAGAAUUGACAGCGGGAUGGCUGAGCGUGUCUGGCUGUCUCCGUCUAGAAUGUUCGUCGGGUUGGAAAUGUCACAUCCUGCAGCGCAGUCGCUUUAUGAACGGAUGUCUGGCCAACCACCCAGUGAACCUACAUGUGUUGGUAUGGCGUACAGUCUGGGUGAAAUUGUUAAAAUGAAAGGGGAUUAUUGGAUGCAGCCACCGCGGAAAGCUAUCGCCGAGGAUCUUGAGCAACAUAUGGUAAAGGCGUUAAACAGCUUUAAAGUGGAAAGUGGAACAAAGUCAUAUCCGGAACGAGUUGUGGUUUACCGGGGUGGGGUUUCGGAAGGAGAGUACUUGAAAGUAAUAAAAGAUGAAGCGGAUUCCAUUAGAAGGGCUUUUGAGAAGGUGUUGAACAACAGUGAACAUUUAAAGAUCAAAUUGACUAUCAUUGUUGUUCAAGCAAACUCGAAUUAUCGCUUAUUUCAAAAAUCGUCUGCGGAGGGAGCUGUUAAAGGAAGUACCGCGUUUGGCGGACAUGGGGAAAGCGGAGGUUUUAGGAGAGGUGGACCAGGAGUGCGUGGAGGUUUUAGUGGAUUAAACAAUGCAGCUGCUCAAAAUCUUCCACCCGGUACUUGCGUUGAUCAGUCAGGAGUUCAUCCGACACAUACGGAGUUCUUACUUAUUCCCCACAAAUCUGUGAUGUGUUAUGCGCACGGGAUAGUUACAGCCCCGGUUUCUAGACCGGCUGUACUUUAUGCUGCUGGUGAAUUGGCCAAAAGAGGGCGCAACAACUGGACAACUGCCAAUUAUGGUGAUGAGGGCUCGGUUGCUAGUGGAGAAGGCGGAGUUUUCCGGAAUGAUGGGUCCGAAGAUUUCUUUAGAAAUAUUAGCGCACAGCUGGCAACGAAGUGCAGGCACAAGUUUUGGGCUUAA